AAUGAAUAGUAGCUCAAAAAUCCGAAAGGGGUCUCGCAAUAUGAAGUAGAACAAUCCAACAUAAUCAAUAGGUACAAGAAAAUCAGUCACGACCAAAGAACUCACAUAAUAAAUGAACUUACUAAAAAUGGAAAGACCCUAAAAGAAGUAGAUAUAAGAACCAUAUGACUGUAGGUAUCCGAAGAAACUCAAUUGAAACCAUCAACAGUGAAGGCAAUUCUGUAGGUCUAUUUGAAAGAGGGCAGAAUAGGGAAAAAAUCCACCAGGGAUAGAAAAGUCAAAUUACUCAACACUACAGUGAUCGCAUUAAUAGACAAAACUAAGUAAUUUUCUAUUUUUAACCUAAUUUCAAAUAGAAAUAGUGAAUAUGCCAUCGAAAACCUAUAGUUCAUCCACCCUCUGAUUCGAAUAAAUUAGCAAUCUUCUGAGAUUUCUCAUAAUGGUUAAACUCUCACUGAGACUCAAUAGAAUUUAGAUUAGUAUUCGAAACAGCUUGUGAUGAUGCAAGUGAAGGAUUUCUUGCGAGAAAAGAAAUCAGAGAUAGUGGACUAGUUGGCUAACCCUUUGGCUAAAUAAAAUUUCUUAAAUUAGUUAGCCUAAUUUGAAGUUAGUGAGCAAUUGCCAUUUCAAGAAUUAAAGAAAGAAUAAUUGUCUGCUGAAGAUGAAUAGUUUUUAGAGAAGAUAACAUAACAUUUAAAAUCCAAAGUAAAAAUCUGA